AAAGAAGGCAUUGCUGCUAGAGCUGAAAUGGACAUCAAUACUGCUUUGGAAGAAGUGCUGAAGACUGCCCUUAUCCACAAUGGCCUAGCAUGUGGAAUUAGCAAAGCUGCCAAAGCCAUAGACAAGUGCCAAGCCCAUCUACGUGUGCUUGCAUCCAACUGUGAUGAGCCUGUGUAUGUCAGGUUGGUGGAGGCCCUUCGUGCUGAACACUGUAUCAACCUAAUUAAGGUUGAUGACAACAAGAAACUGGGGGAAUGGGUAGGCUUCUGUAAAACCAACAGAGAGAGAAAACCCUAUAAAGUGGUUGGAUACAGCUGUGUGGCAGUUAAGGACUGGGGCAAAGAGUCUCAGGCCAAGGAUGUCAUUGAGGAGUAUUUCAAAUGCAAGAAAUGA